AUAUGAGUUACGCUAGCGAGCGAGGCUGACGUGCGUUCUAGUGUGGUGGUGUCGCGCACAAAUGUGGCGUUUUCAAAUCGUGGCUAUCUAGCAUGUGCCGUUGAACCGAGUCGGUGCCGUCGCCAUGCUCCCCGCGGCCCUAUUGCUGUUGCUGGCAGUGACUUGCAGCGCUGACUUCCAGGAGCGAGUAUGCAUCGGUACCAAUGGGCGGAUGUCGGUGCCUUCGAAUCGAGAUACUCACUACAGAAACCUACGCGAUCGAUUCACCAACUGCACCUAUGUCGAUGGUAACUUAGAAUUGACGUGGCUCGAGAACGAAACGAUGGACCUUUCAUUCCUACAACACAUAAGAGAAGUGACUGGUUAUGUUCUCAUUUCGUAUGUGAAAGUGGCUCAAAUCAUAUUACCAAAACUACAAAUUAUUCGUGGAAGAACACUUUUCAAACUUAAUGUUAGAGUUGAGGAAUUUUCCCUUUUGGUAACUAUGUCUUCGGCUCUUACACUGGAACUUCCUGCUCUUAGAGAUGUCCUUCGUGGCAGUGUGGGCAUCUAUAAUAAUUACAACCUUUGUCAUGUUAAAACCAUUAAUUGGGAUGAAAUUAUUACUGGUGUUAAUGCAACAUACGUCUUUGUAUACACCUUUAAUGUACCGGAAAGAGAGUGUCCGCCGUGUCAUCCUAGUUGUGAGGCAGGUUGCUGGGGAGAAGGAAUACAUAACUGUCAGAAGUUCUCAAAAACAAACUGUAGUCCUCAAUGUGAAGACGGAAGAUGUUUUGGCCCAAACCCUCGGGAUUGCUGCAAUACUUUCUGUGCUGGGGGGUGUAAAGGUCCUCUCCCUAGUCAAUGCCUUGCUUGCCGAAACUUUUAUGAUGAAGGAACAUGUUCCCAAGAAUGUCCACCAAUGCAAAAAUAUAACCCAACAACUUAUUCUUGGGAACCAAAUCCUAACGGAAAAUAUGCAUACGGUGCUACUUGUGUUAGGAAUUGUCCAGAACAUCUAUUAAAAGACAACGGAGCCUGCGUUAGGAGCUGCCCCCCUAACAAGACAGCAGUGAAUGGUGAAUGUAUACCAUGCAAUGUGACUUGCCCAAAAACUUGCCGAGCUGAAAAACCUAUCCACUCCGGAAAUAUCGAUAGUUUUAAGGAUUGCACUAUUAUAGACGGAUCGAUAGAAAUUCUUGAAAUGACUUUUACUGGGUUUCAACACGUUAACGCUGAUUACUCUUUCGGAGAUAGAUAUCCAAAAAUGGAACCUGAUGCUUUGGAAGUAUUUAGUACUGUACGUGAAGUUACCGGUUACUUAAAUGUUCAAGCUCAUCAUCCAAACUUCACAAGUCUCUCGUACUUUAGAAAUCUAGAAGUUAUAGGCGGGCGUCAAGUUGUAGAAAACUUAUUUGCAUCUCUUUAUAUUGUAAAGACCUCUUUAAAAUCUCUGGGACUUAAAUCUCUCAAAAGAGUGAACUCUGGCGCUAUAGCAAUCAUGGAAAAUCGACAACUAUGUUUCGCUGAUAAAAUAGCAUGGAAUAAGCUGGGCAAAUCAAAAGAUCAUAAGCAAAUAAUUCAGAAAAAUGGGGAUCAAAGAAAUUGUGAAAAAUUGAAUUUGGUGUGCGAUCCUCAAUGCUCAGCGGAUGGCUGUUGGGGUCCCGGGCCGGAUCAAUGUUUAUCAUGUGAAAAUUAUAAAUUUGGAGAAACUUGUGUUCAAAAUUGCUCCGUACUUCCUGGACUUUACAAAGGCGGACCAAAAGUUUGCAGACAAUGUCAUGCUGAGUGUUUAGACGGGUGCUCUGGUCCAACAAGAGCAAAUUGCACUAAGUGCAAACACGUACGGGAUGGACCCUACUGUUUCGCGGAGUGUCCAAAGUCUAGAUACACAACAGGAAACGGCACCUGCUUGCCAUGCCAUCAAAAUUGUUUUAAUGGAUGCACUGGUCCUGAAAAUAUUGUUGGCGAAGGAGGAUGUAAUUCCUGUAAGAAGGCUAUAAUAAGUGUUGAAGCCACUGUUGCUAGUUGCCUUAAAGAAGAUGAACCGUGCCCUGAAGGGUAUUAUAACGAAUGGGUUGGCAAUGUAAAACCUCUUGAAGGAAAAGUAAAAGUUGUUUGUCGUAAAUGUCAUCCAUUAUGUUAUAGAUGUACUGGUUAUGGCAUACACGAGCAGGUAUGUCAAGUGUGCAACGGAUUUAAGAGAGGUGACCAAUGUGAACAUGAAUGUCCACCAGAUCAUUAUACAGAUAAAGCCAACCGUCUCUGCACACCAUGUGAUCCAGAAUGUCGAGAAUGUACAGGGCUAACAGCAAAGGACUGUAUAAAAUGUAAUAAUCUUAAAGUAUUUCUCGGAGAUGAUAAUGCUAGCCCAUUUAGCUGCACUGAUAAAUGCCCAAGCGAGAAACCACACAAAAUAUAUUUUGACGAACUUCUUCAAAACCCUAUAGAUGAACCAUACUGUUCGGCUUCGUCAAAUGGUCUUCCUAAUAUGGCUACUGCAAAAAUCCCCACAGUCCUAGUUAUAAUAUUCAUUAUAGCUUUUAUCCUUCUCAUCAUUCUUGCCAUAAUUGGUUAUACAUGCAGACAGAAAGCCAAAGCAAAGAAAGAAGCCGUAAAAAUGACUAGGGUACUCACUGGAUGUGAAGAUAAUGAACCACUGAGACCAACUAACGUCAAGCCGAACCUUGCAAAAUUACGAAUUGUAAAGGAAGCAGAGUUACGUCGAGGAGGAAUGCUUGGUUUUGGUGCUUUUGGUAAAGUUUACAAAGGCGUUUGGGUACCAGAAGGAGAAAAUGUGAAAAUUCCAGUAGCCAUAAAGGUUUUGAAAGAAGGAACAGGAGCCAACACAAGUAAAGAAUUUUUAGAAGAAGCUUAUAUUAUGGCAAGCGUGGAACAUCCCAAUUUAUUACAAUUGCUGGCAGUAUGUAUGACCAAUCAAAUGAUGCUUAUCACUCAAUUGAUGCCUCUUGGCUGUUUACUUGACUAUGUUAGGACUCACAAAGAAAAAAUUGGAUCAAAAGCAUUUCUAAAUUGGUGUACACAAAUUGCUCGUGGUAUGGCAUAUUUAGAAGAAAAAAGAUUGGUUCAUAGAGAUUUGGCAGCUAGAAAUGUUCUAGUGCAAACACCCAAUUGUGUUAAAAUUACGGAUUUCGGACUUGCCAAAUUACUUGAUAUCAAUGAAGAUGAAUAUAAAGCAGCAGGCGGAAAAAUGCCCAUAAAAUGGUUGGCUCUAGAGUGUGUUCAACACAGAAUAUUCACUCACAAAAGCGAUGUUUGGGCUUUUGGUGUUACUAUAUGGGAAAUUCUCAGCUACGGAGCAAGACCAUAUGCAAAUAUUUCAGCUAGAAAUGUUCCUCAAUUAAUUGAAAAUGGUUUAAAAUUACCUCAACCAAGUAUUUGUACAUUGGAUAUUUAUUGCAUUAUGGUCUCGUGCUGGAUGUUGGACGUCGACAGCCGACCAACGUUCAAGCAACUAGCUGAAACUUUCGCUGAAAUGGCUCUUGAUCCUGGACGUUAUCUUGUAAUACCUGGAGACAAAUUUAUGCGACUGCCAUCCUAUUCACAUCAGGAUGAAAAGGAACUAAUAAGGACUCUUUCUUCGGGAAUGGAAGGACCUGAACCUCUAGUAGAAGCGGAUGAGUAUUUACAACCACAACUAAAGCCUUCAGUGCCCGGUACGGCGACAACCAAUUCUACUGCUACCGUGACUCUUGAAACAAACAGACACACUACAAAGCCCUGUACUUCUUCCUCCUGGACUAAUAACGCAACCGGACAAGAAAAUGUUACUACGGACAAUUCCAACAGGCAAGAAUGGGAUCAAGAUGCGUUGCAUUAUAAUAAUUCUUCAAAUGCAGAUGGAACAGAACUUCGACACUAUUAUAAUAAUGGUGUUUGUGGGUCUGAAAAUACCAGUUCCCGUUACUGCAGUGACCCAAUGAGAAGUCGACCUGACUGUGCCGAGACGAAGUUCGAUAGUAUGAGUAAAGUCAGAGAAGCACACGUAGGAAAUCUGAAAUUAAACUUGCCUCUUGAUGAAGACGAUUACUUAAUGCCAUCCCCCCAACAAAAUCAAACAACUUCUACCUAUAUGGAUUUAAUAGCUGAGGGAGCAGAAGGACAAGAAAACCAGGAUUUACGUUACAGUGGUUUCCUUGCAUCUAAGCGAUGCAUUGAUAAUCCGGAGUAUUUGAUGUCUGAUCAGAACGUUCCUCAGCAAACCCUGGGAAUACCCACAGAGCCAGUGGCGCCGGAGUCGCUCCCAAGUGAAACCAGUGAGAGUGUCAAUACGCCACAGCCAGGUCCUAGCCGAUAUGCACCGCAGCGGUCUGUAGAGGAAGAGUCCAUGUCGGACCACGAAUACUACAAUGACCUUCAACGCGAGCUGCAGCCGCUACGCCGGAACGAAACAACCGUCUGACAGGCCUCAAGGGCCGCGCGCGGCAGUGAGGCUUGCGCGCUGGUCCUCUACUUCGAAGAAUCCGACUAUGACAAAUACGAGACGUCUACUCGUUUCUAAGACUGCAUACUUAAAGGAGCCCAAACCUCCUAGUGCCAUUAAUAAGAUGGCUAGUGUUAGCUUGUUGUGAAACAGUGAAACUAAAAGAUUUAUUGUAGUUAUAAUUCAGUUUGUUAUUUUCUUCUACUUAAUUAUUGUAAAAAUCUGUUAAAACCUAUGAUUUGUAAAAAUAUUUCAAAUGAAGUGCUUGAACAUAUGAAGAAGUGCUUCACAAAUUAUAAGUUAUUUAUUAAUUUAGUUUAAGAAAGGCUAUGUUUAUGUUUCCAGAAUGUAUAAUUUUAAGUUAAAGUUACUUUUAUUUUAAACUGUGAUAAUUAGAUUAAUUACAUUACAAUAUACAUUUAGUUCGGCUCAAGACAACUGUGAAAUUCCUUGAACGAUAUUGCCAUAAUAUAUCUAACUACUUAAUGCUUGACACUGUAUAAUGACGGGGUGGAGAUAUUAAACCGCUUGAUACAGUUUUGCGACAUUCCUCGUGUGAGCUCUGACGGCUUGUAGACUUUCCUGACUGGAAUUAAAACGUAGAUAUUACUCGUACGUACCAAUUUAUAUAACAUAUACAGUAGCUAACAUUUGCAGGAACAUCUUGCCCAUAUAUUCGCCAGAUAAAAAAUUUUAAAGUGUCUUGCCGAGGAAAGAGAACGGAUUUUCAAAGACGUUAUAGUUUUGCUUUCAUUGUUAAUCUCAGAACCAAUUAUUAUACUGUUCAUAAAAACACAUCUCAAUAUUUAAACUUUUAUUAACUAAUUGUUUUAUUGUAUGAAUAGGUUAAUUCGACCGAACCCUCGUUUGCCAUUUAUUUUGUAAAAAUUAUUUCGAUACGUUUUUGUAUAUUUUACUUAAAUAAGAAUAUAAAUAUAUAAAUUAUAAAGGUACAGAGGUCGUUUUGCGUGUAACCACGUCGAACGUACGAGUUUACAUACUGGAGUGAGUUGUUACGAUAUGUGCCAUUCAUAUACAAACAUACAUACUUGUUAUCAAAAUGUUAAACAUUCACUAUAUUAUAAUCAUUAAGUAAUUUUACUUACUGAUCUUCACGAAAAUUUUAAGCAUAUUGAAUUUUAAUGUAGUAAAAAAAACUAUCAAUUUAAUAUUUGUCUUUCUAUAAAUGAUACGUGUCAAAUCUAUAUUAGAAAAGUAGAAAACGUUAUAACAUUAGAAAAUCGUGUUAGAAGAGUAUUAUCGCUUUAUCAAUUCAAAAUAUUAUAUCGAUGUAAACAUCUUUAUAAAUAUCACUCUUUAUAUCCUUAAUACAAUGUAAUCAAAUUUAAAUAAUUACACGUAUUUAAAAUACUUAUUAUUAAAAACGAUUUUUAAAUGUUCUUCAAUGUAUGGAAUAGCUGUGAACGCAACAGAUCACUACAAGACAUGUUUUAAAUCUUAUAUGCUUGGUACUUCAGACAAAUGUUAAAAUUAGUGGUUUAUGGCUAUCAUAUUAUUCUGAAUGUGUAGAUGACGAAGUAGGGGUACAUGUACCUUAAUAAAUAAAUAAAAACGAUUUAAAA